AUGAGUAACCGAGUUACGAGAUCAAGGGCGGCAGCGGCAGCGGGACAGAGCGCCCCUCCAACACCCCGUCUUGUCAACCCCACCCUUCCAGAAAACUGGCCUCCCGAGCCAUCAACAUCAGAAGAAUUUCGAGUCUGGCUGAGGCUAACCAAAGCCGCUCUACAAAAAUGGCUGACAGAAGCCGCAGCUGCAGCCCAAGAUACAUCCACCGCGAACACUAUCCGCGACUACACUACAGAAGCAGACCGACGAUGGGAGCCAUUCGAACGUCAAACAGACUUAGAAACCGGAGAAAUAUACGAUGAAACCCAGCGCGCCGUUAUGGAGACGGCCGCCGAAGCAGAAGAGCAAAGACGCGCAGACCUGCACCAACAGCACGAAACAUGGCGAAAGUUCGCCGAGUACCGAUACGCGCAAGCAGCUUGGGAAGACUUCUUGUACUUCCAAAACGUGUGGAAUAGACGGAACUAUGAACCUCUGAAGAUGUAUUCAGAGACUGCAUCUGGCAGAAGAGGUGCUACGAUACGACGCGCAUUUGAACAGAUGAUGCGGCCAGAAGGUAAAGAGUCUGCGUCAGACCGCGACGUAAUAUCCAAAGCCAAAGCCGGACCGAAGAAAACAACUCGUGAGUACGGCUUAGAAAGGGCACCAAUACUUGGUACCCCUGAUCAAGACAGGAUGGACAGAACGCAUGAUGAUUGGUCCAAUGAACCGUUCUUCGGAAUUUAUUGCAGGUGGCUGGAUCAUAUAAUUGGCUUGUACACUGCUGCUAAGCUUGGGUAUCGCAAGCGCGUUCCUGGUGUUGUUGCGCCGGAGGAUGCGCAUCGGUAUACGCAGCCGUCGAGGGGUACUACGCCGCAAGCACUGAGAAGUUACGUGAAUCGUGGUCUUCAUCUCGAGGAGAGGUUUCCGCGGAAAAGACGAGUACAGAUCGAUGUUAACGAAGUCGAAGAGCAGUAUCGAGGAAACACUGAGCGUGCGCGUGACAUCGAGCUUGACGGGGCUGGUGGAAUGAAGCCAAUCUGUUGGAAGAUUAACGAAGAAGCUUAUGAGGAUUUGAGAGUCGACACAGAAGCAAAGAGCGGGUUUAGCACGAACCCGCGCACCUUGAGACUAUUGCCGAAAGACCAUAAGACUCAUCAUGGAAGCCGGGAAACUACUUUUUACUGGCCAACGUCUUUCGAUUCCCCAGAAUGGGGAGGUGAUGUUGCUGUGACAGCUGUUGGGAGGGGUUACGCAUAUGAGGAAAUCAGUGAUCCUGAAGAUGAUCCUAGCAGGUCAAAGAAGAAGAGGGGAAAGAGCCGAGGUUACAAAGUCGACGAAGAUGGAGAAUACAUUAGGAAGUUCGAAGAUAGACCACGCCACAAAAGAGAAAGAUACACGCAGCAGGGAAUCGAGUUUGAGCAUGGUAUGCUUGGAACUGGGGUAGCUGGCCGAGAUCGGAAUGAUAGAUGGAUAGGGAGCUACAUCCAAGGCAAUAUCUCCAAAGAACGUUGGGAACUUGACGAUGACGGUAAUCGCAUACCUUUGCCACCUCAGUACGUGCUGCAGAACAAGUUCGCCACCCUCAUCGCGAAGAGGUCCAACAUAAGAGAUACGCGACCUGAGAGACAUAAUAAUCUAAGGAUAACGAACCAACUCUCUGACAACGAAGUCAACGGCUGCGUCGACGCCAACGAAAAUUUCCCUUGGUCUGGGAAUAUGAACCCUGAGCAACUAGGUGACCCGUGGGCUUCGAGUGACGAAAACGGCGAUGAAGAAGGCGCUGAUCAUCCUGGCGAUAGCGGUGACGAUGAGAGCUACGACGACGGCGAUUUGUUCCUUAUUUCGUAUAGAGAAUGCUCAAAGUGUCCCAAGAGGGAGCGCGCGCGUUUGUUGUUGGAAUCUCUCCAUGCCAAAUACGAUGAGGUUCCUGGUUGGACUGUCGAAGAGAUCAUGCGCCUGCAGAAUGACGACGAUGAAUUUGAGAAUCUUUCAGAUGAACAGAUUACGGAGAACUAUAUAUUAGAAGCGGUAUUGAUGAAAAGCGGCUAG